AUGUCGAAUAAAGCUAAAUGUCUACUUUGUGGUGAAAGUUUCGCUUCUCGAAAAAAACAUUCGGUUCAUAAAAGAACUAAACAUAGAAAUAACAAAAUUAUACCUCAACGUCAUUUAUUUCCCCAGCCUUCUUUAUCUCAGAUUACUUAUUAUCAGAAUGCUUUUAUAGUACUUCUUAAAAAGCGAUUAGGAUUUAGUCGGCACUCUGUAGGAAAUAAAAAAAUUUUGAUAAAUGCUUUUCCAGAAAAUAUUUUUAUAUUUUUGUUUGAAAAUGAACCUACCUUUCGUUAUAACUCAGCACAAAAAAAAUACAAAUGCAAAUUUGAAGGUGAAUCUGGAGCUCAAAGACUUAAACAAAUUUUCAAUUACAAAUAUUGGGAUUUUCGUCAAGACUCUUUAACACAAACCAAAGGAUACGUUUUAUUGGCUGAUAAUGAAGGAACUUAUGAAGUAAUUUUUACUUGGACUCAAUCAGAACUCGAAGAAAAUGAUCGAAUUUUUCAAUGUGGAACAUUUACUUGUACAUUUACAACAGAUGCACAUGAAUUUAGCGAAAG